CCGUCGUAACUUGUACUGCCGUCCGGUUGGAACUCUUUGGGAGUUGUAAGUUUGUAACUUGUGCUUAGUGGUAGACGUUCUGCCACCCGAAUCUCGGCGGUUAUUAUUAUUAUUUAUAGUCAAAUUGUAUUUAAUACGUCGCCGCCGUCACAGCAGCAGCUGGCCAGUGACCACUCGGUAUUCAUAAAUUGUAAUAUUUGUAAUCAUAAAACGUUUAAUCACGAUCGAGUAUCGACCGCGUCUUACGACACUAACGUUAUUUUUAUUUUAACACUCGUCAGUGGUGAUAGAUCAAACGCCUAGGUCACGGUUUGUAUUCCUAAACACACGCACAGAUUCAUAUACGAGUUCAUAUUUAAUAUAUUUAUAUAUCCUAAAAGAUAUCUACCUAAACAUACGGUUUUGGCAGCUACAACUUCAUUGUUUGUACAAUAAAUUUGCACGUUCUAAACUCCACGACUGCUAUCAAUGGCGGACGAGCUAAUCAAUUACAAAUUGCAACUGCAGCAGAUGCAGCAAUGGGAAACAUUAUUAGCAUCAUCUGUAUCUUACAUCGGCAUCAUCCAAAGUAUCAAGAGAAAAAUUGCUGUUCAUAAAAGUCUUCAGAUUUGCUUUACCUGCAUUAUACCCAAUUCACCUGGCACCAGCAGUUGGAACAGUUGUAGCUGAUAUUUAUUCACCAACUGAUUGGUUACUGUAAAAACAAACAACCAUGGAUUCAGCCAUGUUGAACAUUCUACAUCCGGAUGUAAUCGUUUAUACGCACCGGUAGAAGCUGCAUUGACAAAUAGUCCCGAUGAUCCAGAACUCAUGAAAUUAAAAACCGAUUUAGAAGAAGUUAUUGAAUUAACAGCUGAACUUGUAAGAACGCAAACUCAGCCAAAAAAAGAAGUUGUUCAAACAAAAAAAGAAUCAUCAUAUCAACCUGAUAUACUACCAUCUGUUGCAAAGACGAAAGGGGAAUGGAAAUCAGGGGACAGAUGUUUGGCUCAGCUAGCGGAUGAUGGUAAAUUUUAUGAAGGUACUAUUGAGACUAUUGAUGGAGAAGCGGUGGCAGUUUUAAUUGAUGGACAAAAAGCCGCUGCAGUAACAACAUUAGAUUUUAUUAAAGAUUUACCUAGAACUCAUCCUAAUGAAAUGAAACACAAGAAACAACCAGUAGCCAAGUAUAGAGAAUAUCAGAAGAAAAGAAAACUUGCUAAACAACAGAGGUUUAAACAAUUAGAAGAGGAACGUGAAGUAGAAAAAAAUAAAUGGCUAGCAUUUGCUACUAAAGGUGUAAAAAAAGGCAUACCAAAAAAAAGCAUAUUUGCCUCUCCCGAUAAUGUUAAUGGACGAGUUGGCAUUGGCACCUGUGGCUUAGGUGGAAAAGGUAUGACUGAAUUUCCAACUGCUGAGAAAAGAAAAAAAUAAGACUGCAAUCAAUGUAUUGUAUUAAAAUUAUGUAAAAAAAAAAUUAAAGCUAUCAUAUCAAUAUGCUUGUCUUACCUUUAUUAAUUGUAUUUUUUUUUUAUUUUAUGUUUUAAUGUAUAUUUUUUUCAUGAAUAUAAGUUAUAUUUAUAUGUAAUUAAAUUAAAGUUACGACUUAUUUAAUUUUAUAAAACCAUUAUUAUGGUGUAAAUAAAAAUAUACAUUUCAUAGAAAUAUAAUAUAAUAUAGGUACUGGUUUGUUAUAGCCCCGGCGGGGGCGAGUGAAAAUUUUGUUUCCUGCCACUCAGGUUUGUCAUCUCCCCGCUAUCCAUAAUAAUAAAUACAUCAUAUUAUAAAAUAUAUAAAAUAUUGAGUUUA